UUGGGUUAAUCUUUCUUCUUUUUUCAAGGCUAUACUCACUGGAUUUAGAAGUAAUGAAGCUAUUAUUUAUUCAGAGCCCAUGGUUUUUUUAUACCAAUCAUUAUGAAACAAUGCGCAGCCAAGUAAGUAAUCUUGUUUUCGAGUAGUUGCGUAUUGAGUGUUUAUUAGGAAUCGUUAAUUUAUUUUACUCAGUUACUAUAAAAAUAGGGGUGGGUGUGAUGGUCUUAAUGAAGAUCCAUAAUGUGAGUUCAUAAUGUCAAGCCCGUGAAGCCUCGCACGUGUCACAGCCAACGUUGAUCGGAUGACAGAAAUAAUCAUAAGCGUUUCGAAUACGACGAGAAGGGCCUUCGCCAAUGAUGGAAACGGCGAGCAUAUGUUAAUGUCAGCUGGCGGAUACAUAGCAGCUGCCAUCAUGUUGUUUUUCAUCGGAUUUUUUGGAUUUUUCCUCAAUCUGUGCGUGAUCGUGCUCAUGUGGAAAGACAAACAAUUAUGGACACCACUGAACAUCAUCUUGUUCAACUUGGUAUGCAGCGAUUUUUCGGUGUCAAUUCUUGGAAAUCCGUUGACUUUGGCUUCAGCUCUUUCGUAUAGAUGGAUCUUUGGAAAAACUAUGUGUAAAAUGUAUGGAUUUUUCAUGUCACUAUUAGGUAUAACUUCCAUAACAACUUUAACAGUAUUAGCAUUCGAGAGGUAUAUGAUUGUAUCCCGGCCUUUUCGAAGUCGGGGUCUCAGCAGAAAAAAUGCCGUCUACUUGGUAGUGGGAAUAUGGAUCUAUUCCCUGGCUCUUACAGUUCCCCCACUUCUUGGAUGGGGAAAAUAUGUGAAUGAGGCGGCGAAUAUAAGUUGCUCGGUUAAUUGGGAAGAACAAUCAGCAAAUGCAAUGAGUUACAUCUUGUUCCUGUUCGCCUUCGGUCUCGUUCUACCUCUGAUUGUUAUACUGUUCAGCUACGUUCACAUAAUCAUCACUAUGAGACAGAGUAAAAUCCACAUGGGACAAACAACGAAAGCAGAAGGCCGAGUGGCAUACAUGGUCUUUUUGAUGAUCGUCGCUUUUAUUGUUGCGUGGUCGCCCUACGCAAUUUCGGCCUUGUUAGUGCAAUUUGUGGAUUCGUCGUUCAUCUCUCCAGCCGCUGGCGUUGCUCCAGCCUUGUUAGCGAAGAGUAGUAUAUGCUACAAUCCAAUUAUAUAUGUGGGCCUAAACAGUCAAUUUCGACAAGUUCUCAAAAACUUCUUGGGUAUGAACGAUAACAACGUGGGUAGUACCUGUGAAACGUAUGAUAUGGCAGUUUCAAAGUUCGUUUCCACUACAGUUGUCAAUAGUCCGGUGAACGGCGGCAGAGUGACUGUCCACACUCCAAGAAAUAUGCUGCAGAUAAAGCAAAUGAGAGAAAAAAGUUCCUUACUGAACGAUAUAAGACUUAAUAAAACGAGGUUCUUCGAAGAGUAUAUUUGUGAGAGUGCAAAUGGAACUUCUAGUCGAAUAUAGAGCGAGUAACACUCGCCGCUAAUGCAGGACAAUAUUUGAUAACUGUUGAUGAAGUAUUUCUGCGAUUUGGAUGUUCAAGUAUUUUCAAAAUAAAAUUAAUAAAAUAUA